UGUGCACUCGCGCGUUCUCGAAGUUUUUGUACCCACAUGCUCGUUCGCAGAGCUCAGUCAGCAUUUGACUCAGUAGUGGCAGCAGGGGAGCUAGAAUUUCCACUUGUCAGUUAUUCCCUGAUACUGAAAUCAAGUGCAUCCCCACAAGCUAAACAUGUCAAAGUUGGAUCAGAUACUUGUCCUUGACCCUCCCUGCGACCUCAAAUUUAAAGGUCCUUUCACAGAUGUAGUCACCACCAACCUGAAACUGAGGAACCCUUCUGACAGAAAAGUCUGUUUCAAAGUGAAGACGACUGCCCCGCGCAGAUACUGUGUACGGCCAAACAGCGGCGUCAUCGAUCCCGGAGCAACUGUCAUUAUCUCUGUCAUGCUACAGCCCUUUGAUUAUGACCCCAACGAGAAAAGUAAACAUAAAUUCAUGGUGCAGACGAUUUUUGCCCCGUCACAUGUUUCUGACAUGGAUUCAUUGUGGAAAGAUGCAAAACCCGAUGAUCUCAUGGAUUCCAAGCUGAGAUGCGUCUUUGAGCUGCCUUCAGAAAACGACAAAGUGAAUGACGUCGAGGCGACCACCAAAGCAGCCCCUCUGAUGAACUCUGCGAAGGGCGACUCAUCAGCAGCCACGGUGCCUGUAACUGCCUCAGGAGACGAUCCAGAGAUGAAGAAAGUGCUGGAGAAGUGCAAGAGGCUGCAAUCUGAGAUGAGCAAGCUGGGUGAUGAGAACCGGCAAUUAAAGGAUGAUGGCAUUAGAAUGAGAAAGAUGCCUCGCUCAGACCACAUGACAUCAAACUCAACUAGCCUCCUCGGCCGAGAAGCCAGCACUGCCUCCCUGCCCUCCCUCCUCGUCGUGAUAGCAGCCAUCUUCAUCGGAUUCUUCCUAGGGAAGUUCAUCUUGUAGACUGGGAGGUGCAUGCCAGCCGUAUCCCCCCCCCCCCCCACCCUCCCCGGCUCCGGAAUAAAACAGGCCUGGAAAAAAAAAAACCAAGAAGUCUUUGUGUUGACUUUGCCAUAUCAUUGGUAGUGUGUGGCAGUGAACACAUCUGUACAGCAUCAUUCAAAGGCGUCGCCUUUUUACAAUCUCAUGCGGUUAAGUUCACACAGAGUUGAGAAAAAGAAAGGCGGCAAAAAAAGUGAAUGUUCCCUUUUUUUUUUUUGUUUUCUGUUUUUUGAUGGCUGGAUUAUACAGGUGAUGUGGUGGGACAAUGCAAGUUGUAUGCUAUCGGUCAACAUGGAAGAUGAGUGAACCAUGGGCAAGAUGCAGUCAAAAGAUCCAUUAUUCUUCUCUCUCUGUUGUUUUUAAUAGGAAUUGAAUAGAAUGUUAGGUGUCUUGUAAAUGUUUUAAAUCCUUUUAAACAAAAAAGGAGAGAACUUCCAUCAAACACACCUUGCUACCUGUUGCUGGAUUGCCUCUGAAGUAAAUUUGUUCAGUUUGUAAUUUCUACUUCUUGUCUUGGAAUGUUCAGGUCCAGCUGGGGAUAAUAUAGGUGCCUCCUUCUUGUACGUUUCUGUCCUUUCCUUUUUCCUUACAACACCAAUGCAGACUUUAUAAUAUUAUUAUUAUUAUUAUUAUUAUUAUAAUACAAAUCAUAUAAUCCUUCUGAGGCAAAUGUUGACUGGAAUGAGGUCUCAUUCUUAAAAUCCUGUCCCAUGGUAUUAAGCAUUGAAGAAAUAAAAAUGAAAAACAAUAUGGUUUUGA